AUGUCGGCCGGUUGGUUCCGGCGCCGCUUCCUGCCGGCGGUUCCGCUUCCAGCCCAGCGCGCGCCCAGGCCGCGCGCCAGCCCGGUGCCCUACGGGCGGCCCCGCUUCCUGCGCGGCUUGGGCUCGGGCCCCGGCACCGCCGACGCCUCGCGCCGCCCGGACGCCCGCCCGGUGCGCAGCCCCGCGCGAGGCCGCGCGCUGCCCUGGAACGCCGGCUACGCCGAGAUCAUCAAUGCAGAGAAAUCUGAGUUCAAUGAAGAUCAGGCUGCCUGUGGGAAGCUGUGCAUCCGGAGAUGUGCAUUGGAGGCUGAAGAGGAUCAGGAGUGGUUGACCUUGUGCCCAGAGGAGUUCCUGAUGGGUCAUUACUGGGCCCUGUUUGAUGGGCAUGGCGGUCCAGCUGCAGCCAUCCUGGCUGCCAACACCCUGCACUCCUGCCUGCGUCGGCAGCUGGAAGCUGUGGUAGAGGGCAUGGCGGCCACUCAGCCCCCCAUGCACCUCAGUGGCCAUUGUGUCUGCCCCAGUGACCCCGAGUUUGUGGAGGAAAAAGGCAUUAGGGCAGAAGACUUGGUAAUUGGGGCUCUGGAGAGCGCCUUCCAGGAAUGUGAUGAGGUGAUCGGGCGGGAGCUGGAGGCCUCAGGCCAGGUGGGCGGCUGCACGGCUCUGGUGGCUGUGUCCCUGCAGGGAAAGCUCUACGUGGCCAAUGCCGGAGACAGCAGGGCCAUCUUGGUGCGGAGAGAUGAGGUACGGCCCCUGAGCUCUGAGUUCACCCCAGAGACUGAGCGACAGCGAAUUCAGCAGCUGGCUUUUGUCUACCCUGAGCUUCUGGCUGGUGAGUUCACCCGGUUGGAGUUUCCUCGAAGGCUGAAGGUGGAUGACUUGGGGCAGAAAGUUUUGUUCCGGGAUCACCACAUGAGUGGCUGGAGCUACAAGUGCGUGGACAAGUCGGAUCUCAAGUACCCCCUGAUCCAGGGACAGGGUAGGCAGGCUCGGUUACUGGGAACACUGGCCGUUUCCCGGGGCCUAGGAGACCAUCAGCUCACAGUCCUGGACACAAACAUCCAGCUCAAGCCCUUCUUGCUCUCUGUCCCACAGGUAACAGUGUUGGAUGUGGGCCAGCUGGAGCUACAGGAGGAGGAUGUGGUUGUUAUGGCAACUGACGGGCUCUGGGACGUCCUAUCCAAUGAGCAAGUGGCACGGCUGGUACAGAGCUUCCUCCCUGGCAACCGUGAGGACCCUCACAGGUUCUCGGAGCUGGCCCAAAUGCUGAUACACAGCACACAGGGGAAGGACGACAGUCCCACAAGGGAAGGGCAGGUAUCCUACGACGACAUCUCUGUGUUCGUGAUUCCCUUGCACAGCCAAGGCCAACAGAGCCUUGGCCACUGAGAGGAUUCCGACACUGCAUCCAAGAACCACUCCUGGUCCUGCCUGGGCACCUCUCCAUCCUGGGCAACAGCACUCUGCCCCCAGACACACAAGGUUCUCCUCCUCCACCCCAACCCCAUUUUAAGGGGAGCAUUUAUACCAGGAAGUCAGAACUGGAAGGGUGGAGAGCUUAGCUCGCUAGGUCUCCUUUGGCAGGUGGGAAAAGAAGGAUGUUAUUGGUAACAUCCCUCUGGCAUGGGCAUUUUUACAACUUUGGAAACCCACCGAGACUCCUCAGACAGAAUCCUUAAUAGCCCAAUAUAUUAUUCCCAGACAGGUUCACGCAGGCUAAGAAUAUUAGCCAAGGAGGUCAGGAGGGACAGAGAGCCUGUGUUUGGAUCCAGGCCCCCAGUCCGUGAGUGUCAGAGAACCUACUCAACACCCGCCAAAGCCCACGCAGGGUGCUUUAUGGAAAGGUGUGGGUAGCCUCACAUCUGAACAGCCAUCUUGAAGCAGCCCCUGAGGAGAGAACAGCUCAGGUCUUGCCCUGGUCCACUUGCCUCAGAGAAGCACAGGUUGUAAGGCUAAACUCGGGGCAAGAGGGGAUGGCUUGAGUGGGGAAUGCGCUCAGAUCGUACCCAGUCCCGCCCUAGGCUGAUGUCCCAGCAAUGGCUUUGUUGCUCAUCACCUCUGCUAUUAAAUCCUUGAGUGCAGAAGAGCCUUUGUGAACUGUGAAUUUUUGUAGUUUGGCAUUACAGUACACCUUUUGCUUUCUUGUUACCUUCCAAAGACUUGGGCUAAGCUCUGCCUUGCAAGAUUGCAUAGCCAGGACUGUUUUCUCUGCGACCUCUCUAGUUCCCAGCUUGAUGGUGAGCCCCAGUGAGAGAACUGCUGCCCUGAGAACAGAACAGGGGUCUCCUCCACCACCUGUGAGCUCUGGUCUGGAAGUACCAGAAGGGCUGUCUUUUAACUUGUUUUUGGGUGCAAAUUUCUAUGAAGCUAGUCUCAGCUGGAGACCAAUCAGUUGAGCCUCUGAAGCUUGCUGUUUGAAGAGCUUAGUUCUUCAUCUUCCCCACAAGACUUAGAAUCUAGCACUUGCCAAGGCUCAGAUGCUCAAGUAUUUGAAUUAGAAGGCAACCAUCUCUUUGACUUCAGCCUUACCUGACUUCCCUGACCCACUUCUAGUUUACAACUGAAAUGAAUGGUUUUCCAGGCAACUCAAUGCCCUGUACUGCAGCCAGGAAGGAGAGCACCAUGGGUCCCAGAAUCCAGAGUAAAACAUCUCUCACCCACUGGGUAGACUUUGGACCCCUUUCUUAUGUGUUCUCUAGGGAGGAGAGAAAAAACUACAAAAAUUCUCAUUUUCCAAAGCCCCGCAUUUCUGGGCUUUUAUAGAUGUGUCCAUACUAGGUCCUGACAACUGGCUGGCCUCAGAAACCUUGGGCAGCCCCUCCAGAACUCUACUUAGGCAGCUAGGAAAUGCAAGAGUUUUACUGGGCUAGUUAGGCAGCCUAGAUGUUUUACUUCCUUCUUCCUCAGCAAUCUCCUCCCUUCCGCCCCACACCCCAGCAAAAUGUGGGCAGCAUCCUGUGCCUGGCUCUCCCCCACACCAACUGCUGAGCCAGCUUGCGCCCACAGCCCACCUGCUUGCUUUUGCUCCUCACAGAAGGCAGAUGCCUGGGAAAGGGUGCGGUGGGUCUCAAAUGUGAGCAGGCCGAUAGGGAGUGGCCACUGCAGGGCAGCCAUACUGACCUAUGUGUUACUUUCAGCAGAGCCAAACCCUACACCAGCCCUCAGGCAGUAAGGGGGCUGGUGUAGUAAGGACUCUUUCCUGGAGCAGUGUGACAGGAGUCUACACGUGGCCUGCAAUUCACAAGCUGAGAUAUUCCCUCUACCACCCUUCAGAACUUUUGGCCAACCUCCAAUGACCAUGGUGCAAAGUAGCCAGCCCAAGAUUGUCUUCAUCUCUGGUUCAGGGAGGGCCAAGCAAGAGGCAGGAAAGUAACAACUCAUGGCUGGACAGUGGGUUAUCAACCAACGGACCAGGACUUCUGCCAAAAUUGUGCAGAAGCCUCAGAGGCUCAACUACCCUUGUUCCCAAGAAGCCAGGGCCUAGCAGAACCAACCUUAUCUUAGCCAGAGGCUACCAAUCUGAUCAAGGGUUGAGAACAGUGGGACAUGAAAGGCAGCCUGAAAUAUAUGCCAGAUGCAGUCUUUGAAGAUCAAGGUUGGCUUGGGUUGGCCUGUCCUAGUCAAUUUUUUCUGGCCUAUGACAGCUUAUUAGAGCAUGGGUUGAGGAGGUCCAGGCUGCUACGUGUUGAGGACUGGGUCUAGGGUUUCUCCUCAUCGUGCACCAGCCUUAGUCACAAGGACAGGUGGGAGCAGCAUCAGAAGUCCAAAAAUUCACCCAUUUGGCAUUACAGGGAAUCCCACUGUGAGCCAGGAGGAUUUACCCAUCCCUCCCACCAACUCUAGAAACCAAACGAUGCUCUGUAAGUUCAAUGGAAGAGGUUAUAGCUGGACAAUUCUGUUUAAGACCGAUAACAUGGAAAAAAUGUUUAUAUGUUAAGUACAAAAGAGACAUAAAAUUGUAUAUACAAUAGAAUAACAACUAUGUAAACACACUGAAAGUCUAUACACAGACCUAGAAGAACAUUUAACACCAAAAAAGAUUAUAGUGGUAGCAUUUGGGUGGCAAACUGAUUCCUCUUACAACUCCUAAACUUUUUUCACUGAGAAUUAUGAUUACAAUGGGUUUAAAAACAAGAAAUUCCUCACUGGCUGGUGGUUGAGCAGUGCAGUGUCACAUAAAAAUCUGUAGCUUUGGCCCUGAUGCUUGAGUGUGGAGAGCAGCCCUCCCCUACCCCUUUAGAGUGCUUGAGCACCUCUGGCUCCCACUGAGGGUAUCCCUGCAGCCCUGGCCCUCAGCUUCUCUAGCCACAACCUCUUUUCUCCCUUUAUUCUACUUUAUUCCCACCACAUCAUCUCUGGUCACUUCUAGCUGUAUCUUUUCCCUUUCCUUCCCAACUCAGGAGUCAGUUUUGCAGCCACAGGUCCCAUAAAGAGGUCACACAGUGCAUAUUUCCAAAGGAUGUGGUGCCUCAGCUUUCAACACAUAGGGACUCAAUACUAGUAGUUUUCCUGCUGACAGGCAAGUCAUGCUUGGUGGCCACUCUGGUUGCAGAUAUGUUUAAUUAUGCAGCCUUCCUUGUUAGCCCAGUUUUAUAAGCACUCUCUCUGAAGUUACUCCUACUAUGAAUUUUCUGUAUCAGGAAGCCAGGAGUGAGCAGUAACAGCUCAGAUCAUUUGGUUUCUGAAAGUCCCUCCAACUUUUAGAGCCCACUGUAUCAUGGGUGGCACCACAGAAGCUGCAGCUGCCAAUCUACAUUUGAGAAAGGUAUAUGCCUCUUGCCCUUUAAGUUUGAGGAACAAAUAAAAAAAUUGCUAAAGUCCAAAAUGAGACAAAAAACUGUUAGCAAUUCAUAGCCUAUUCCUUCUCAACAGAGGCAGUAAGUUUCCUUUUUCACUAACACAUACAUACUCCCGGGAAGGCCCUAACUUUGCUGAGCCUGUUUCUGGAUCUGCUUAAACGUUUGGAAACUUACAGAAAUAGCAUGCCACUUAUUCUGCUCUAAGAAGGCCUCACAGGGGAAGAGAAGACUGUUGCUCAUCUCAACCCUGAUCAAAACCACUUUUUCUCCCUGGAAAAGCCAAGGAAAAGAAAGCAGACAUCCUGGGUAAACAGGGUGGCACAGAAGCCUUACACAAACUGAAAAUGCUCUGGGUCCCAGCAUCCUGUCCCCCAAAUGCCGUAAACCAGACACAAAAGGCAUGCAAAGUGACUGACACAUGUACGUAUAGGCGCAGACAGAGCAUCACUGGGCAAGAAAGGGGCUAAUACUGCAGAGAGGGCCCCAAAGUGUGGCUUGUGGAACACAACAGAGUUAUUCCAGGACCCUUAGCUGCCAUGAGAAUAGAAAACACUUGAAGCUUUGCUUCGUUUAGUCUCCCAAAGGGGAAAAAGGUUAUAGGGAAGACAAACUAACACUUGUGGCAAAUACUACUGGCAAGGAUGCAGUCUUUCUCCUGGGCUGCAGGACUCCAUCUCCUUCAGCUGAACUCUGAGAAGUGAGAUCUUUUUAAAUAUAUAUAUUUAUAUAUGCAUACAUGCAUAUACACAUAUGUAUGCACAC